AUGAAAUUAUCUCCAAUAAUUCAGUCAAUAAAGGAUAAUGUCAAAAAAGGUCUAGACAUUGAGAACAGCUUGUAUAUGUUAAUGAUGAAUGCAGUUAUUUACACAUUAUCAGAUCUCGAUCUCAAAUACAUCACAUUUCCCAACAAAAAUUAUAAACAGAGUUGUGUCAGAUUCUUAGAUGAGGUCAAGAAAUAACCUUCCAAUAUCGAUGUGUCAUAGAUUUAUUAGAGAAUGAAUUUCGAUUUAACUGGAGAUGAUUGUUUCGAAAACUCAGAUGAAGAGAAACAAAAUUUUUUCAAUAAAGAACAAACUAUCGUACAGAAAGGAAGGAAACCAACUGCUUAUGAAGAUAGUUUAAUUUAGUCAUUGUUAAAUCAUCUAAAUGAAAAAGAGGAAUUAUUAAAAAAGAGGUUUAACAAUAAAAAAUAGCAUCCCGAAAAUUUUAAAGAUUAUCUGGAUUAAAUGAGUCCUUAUGAAUUAUGGAAGAUCAUACAGGAUAUGAAGGGAGGUUAUUAUUUCUUUGAAGUUUUUGAGAACCAAAGACCUGAAUAUGGAAUAAACUACUCUUACAUUGAUAAAAUGAUGAUGUGCUCAAAAUCCUUUGAAAGAGAAUACACUCAAUUCAAAACUCACCUAAGAUAAUAAUAAGACUUGCAUUAUCAAGCAUUAAAAUAGGAAAUGAAUAAACUAGGCUCCAUGGAACUCAACACAAUAUCAGAGCCUAUUUGUCUAAUUAUCAAGGAGGAUCCAGAAAUUGAAUGUAAUUGUAAUUAAAGGGGAGCUAGACAGGCUUUAAGGUAGUGGGCCUAUGUCAAUUAGGUCAUUAAAUUAUUUAAGGCAAAUUCUGAUUAGGAAAUCCAAUAAUUUAAUUACAAAGGAUAUUUCAGAAAUGUGAUAUUAAAUUUAGAGCAAUACACCAAUUAGGUUAAUUAGCAGUUCGAUUAACUUAUUAAAAUAAAUGAAAUCUUGAAAUCCAAGGUGGCCUCCUUGAGAAUUCUACACUAAUAAUUGAUAUAGGAAUCAUAAAACUUAACAAAAGCCUAGAGAUUGCAGGAUGAAGAAAUUAUUAGGUUGAAACAAUAGCUUUAAAAACUUCAAUUGGAGAAGGCUUAAAUUAAUACAAGAUUAAUUAAUACUGAAAAUUCCCUUUUGAAAAUUCGAGAGUUCAGCGAACAAAAUAACAUUAUUAACAAAACAAGGUUGGUUGCUGAAAGUUUGGAGUAACUAGAAUUUGAAAAUAAUUAAGCUAUAAAGAUGUAUAAAUUCUAAUAGGUUUGUUAAUUGACUUAGACAGAAAACUCAUUCGAAUAUCAGUUAUGUACUAUAUGCAGAGGAGAAAAUGCAAUAUUCUAAAAUAUCUAAUAAUUGAAAAUACCAUAAAUUUGCAUUUGA